AUGAUUAUGUCAUCAGUAAUAUGUUGUGGUCUCGUGCCAAUGUUUAUUCGACUUUGGUUAGCACGAAAACGUUACUAUCGUUACCGUGUAGAACGAAAUCUAAUUGAACAAUGCAUGCCAUUUGCAUUUCAUACGCAGAAAUCAAUAUAUAGUGAUAUUACAUUUGAACUAUAUUCACCUAUCUCCUUUGAACAAACAACACCGUCUGACGAAUUACAUUCAAUGAUUUAUAAUGAAAUACCAUUUAUUGAUUCAAAAAAUGAUGGUGAUGAUAUGAUCUAA